AUGGAAGGAUUUGAUGAGAUGAAAAUGAAGCAGCUGCAGCUGCUUAAAGAAAAAAUGAUGAAAAACGCAAAAGCACAAAAAUCAGAAGAAAUGAAAAAAAGUGUUGAAAAUAUAUCAAAUGUAUCAAAUGUAUUAAAUAUAUCAAAUGAAUCAAAUAUUUUAAAUACUUCAAAUAUUUUAAAUACUUCAAAUAUAUCUAAUAGUUCAAAUAUUAGAUCUGUUGAAAGUAAAGAUUUACGAUUUAGUCUUAAAUCUGGAAAGAAAAUAUUUUUUGAUGCGUCUUUUCAAAAUAAAAAAUUGUCUGUGCAUUCAAAAAAUGGAAGGAAUAUUUUUCAGACUUCAAAGACUACAAGCUUUGUUUCUAAGAAUAAAAGUAAUAUUCUAAAACUAACAACUGAAGAAGAUUUAUUUGAUACACCCUUAUCAUUUGAAGAAGUUAUGAGAAGAAAAAAUGAAAAGAAAAAAAUGGAACUAGAAAAAAAUAAUCAAACGAAUUUAAAUGAAAAUUUUAUUAAUAAUAAACAAGGAAAUAUAAGUCAAAACACUUAUAAUAAUAAUAAUUCACAACUCUUUAAAAUUCAAUAUGAUAAUCUGAAUACAUCACAAGAAGAACAAAAUGGUACGACAAUGAAUAAUAAUAAUGAUGAUAGUAAUAAUAAUGAUGAUAAUAAUAAUAAUGAUAAUAUUAAUAAUGAUAAUAUUAAUAAUGAUGAUAGUAAUAAUAAUGAUGAUAAUAUUAAUAAUAAUGAUAAUAUUAAUAAUAAUGAUAAUAUUAAUAAUAAUGAUAAUAUUAAUAAUAAUGAUGAUGUAAAUAUUCAUAGUAAUAAUAAUACACAUAUUAAUAGCUUACUAAAAAAUAAUUCUCUUGUAAAUGGUAGCUUGUUUCAAAAUAAUAAUUCCUCUAAUAUAGAUAUCAUGAAGAAUACAAACGACAUAAAUAAAAAUCCUUUUAAUAAUUUUUUUACUCAAAAUAUUUCUUCAAAUAAAGAAGAAGCUUGUAAUGUCAAUAAAUUAAAUUUAACCCUUCCAUUUGAUGGUUCUUCAAAAGAUGAAAAGAUCCAUUCAACUAAAUCUGUAAAUAAUAAUAAUAUGGAUAGUAACCAUAAUAAUAAUAAUAAUAAUAAUAAUAAUAAUCAGUUAUUAAAUAAUAACAUUUUUUUUAAUAAGGAUUCCAUUUUUGACAAUUCUUCAUUGAGAAAUAAUUGUAUUGUUUCUUCUGAUGAGAACUAUAAUAAUAACCAUAAAGAGAAUAAUAUAAACGAAUCACAUAAUAUAUUUAAAAAUGAUAAGAAUAAUAUGAAUAGUACUAAUAUUUUUGGCACAAAUAUUUUUAUGACAAGUGAUAAAAUAAUAUCUAAUAAAAUAAAUAAUAACAAUCAAUUAAAAAAUAAUGAUACUAUAUCACAAAAUAUUUUUACAAGCAACCAAAUUCUCGAUCAAGUGAAAAAUAAUACGAGCAAGUUGUUUAAUGAUACAACUACAGAAGUUUAUAAAACGAAUGUGAAUAAUAAUAAUAAUAAUAAUAAUAAUAUAUUUAAUAGUGCCUCUGUUAAUAAUAAGAGUAUGUUUAUGAGUGGAAAAAAUUUAUUUGGUAUACCAAUUGAAAGAACAACAAAUAAUAUAUUUUCAAACAAGACAGAAAGUAAUAUUAUAAAUACAAAUAAUAUGAACAUGAAUGAAAACAACAUGAACAAUAAUAAUAUGUUUAAUAAAACAAUAAGUAGUAGUACUAAUAUAUUUGGUAAGCCAUCUAUGACAAAUAAUGUUUUUAAUAAUACCUUUGCAAGUAAUCUGAAUAAUAAAAAUAACAAUAUUUUUUUCAACAAUGGUAAUAAUAAUAUGAAUAGCAUCAAUAAUAUGAAUAGCAUCAAUAAUAUGAAUAGCAUCAAUAAUAUGAAUAGCAUCAAUAAUAUGAAUAGCAUCAAUAAUAUCAACAGUAUCAAUAAUAUUAAUAAUGUUAUUUCUAAUAAUUCGAUUAAUCCAUUAGGAACUAGCAAUACGCCCAAAAAUGAAGGUAACAAAAUAAUAAUGAGUAAUAAUAAUCAUAUAGAAAAUAUAGUUCAAUUUAAUAGCUCUUCCAAUAAUGAUGAUAAUAAUUUAAAUGUAUCAUAUAAAUCUUUUGAAAAUAAAGAAAGCACCAUGACCACUAAUCAUAAUAAUAAUAAUAACAAUAUAGUUGUUGAAGAUAAUGUUAAUAAUAAUUCACAGUGUGUAUAUAUACAAAACACGAAUGAAAAUAAUAACGAUAUUGUUUAUAAUAAACAAAAUACUAAUAUUAUUAUUAAUACAAAUAAUAAUGAUAAUAUAAAUAAAGAAAUUAUUACAACCAUGGAAAGCCCCAGUGAAAAUAAUACCAUGUGUAGAGGAGAAGAUCAUAUGAAUUCACAAAUAAAUGUAAAUAAUAUAGAUGAUGUUAUAAAAUCAGAAAAAGUAGACACACAACAGCUAAUAAGUAAUAAUACUAGUGAAAGUAAAGAACCAAAAAAUUUAAAAAAAACUUUUACUAGCUAUUUUAAUAAUUUCAUUCCAUCUAUAUUUACAAGUGAAAAUAAAAAAGAACCAAAUGACCAACAAAAUGGUAGCAGUGAUGAGAAUGAUAGGAAUGAUGAGAAUGAUAGGAAUGAUAGGAAUGAUAGGAAUGAUAACAAUGAUAGGAAUGAUAACAAUGAUAGGAAUGAUAACAAUAAUAACAAUAAUAACAAUGAUAACAAUAAUAACAAUGAUAACAAUAAUAACAAUGAUAACAAUAAUAACAAUAAUAACAAUGAUGAUAAUAUAACAAAUGGUGAUUCCACAUUUAAGAAGGACCAAGCUGUAGAAGACAUACCAAAUAUUAAUUAUAAUAAUAAUAAGGCAGAAGAAGAAGAAGAACGUUUUAAUAAUACUCUUAAACAAGAGGGUGAUAAUAAUAACCUUUGGAAUAAUUAUCAAAAUAAUGAUAAUAUAUUUACUUCUAAGGGGGUUAACGUAGUUAUUGAUUCUAGUGAAAAAAAUAAAAAUGAACCCAUUGAAUUGAUAACACCAGAUAAAAUAAAUGAAAAUACUUGUAGCUUCUUUAUUAAUAAAAAUGUAAAUACUACAAAUAUAUUAUCGAAUAAAGGAGAAGUAGAAAAUAAAGAGAAUGUUGACAUCAAUUUAUUUGAUAGAAUUCCAAAAAAAGGUGUUUUUAAUUUAAGUUCUAAUAAUUAUGAAAACAAGGAAGAAUUUGAUAAGUUUAAUAAAAUAUAUACAAAUUUAAGUUGUGUGAAUAAAAAUAUAAAUUUUAUAAAUACAUAUGUACCUUCUAAUGUUUUAAAUAUAAAUCAUUUCAUAGAAGACAAUAAUAGUUGUUCUAACACAUAUGAUACUCUAUCAAAAACAAAUGAUAUAUUUUUAAAAAAAAUAAAAAGUGAUAAUAAUACUAUACAAACAAAUGAAGAGUUCAAAAUGAUAAUGAGAGAUUUAAACAAGGAGGUUACAAACAAAAAUUUUAAUUAUCAUAUUAAAAAUGAUCAUACUAAUAAUAUAAGUGGUGUAGUUGAUCAUAAUAAUGAUGAUAAGACAUUAAAUAAUAAAGACUUAUUUAAUACUACAGGAUUGAAUGAUAAAAGAAUAAAUAUAUGUAAUAAGAAUGAUAAUAUAUCCAUAGGUGCUAAUAAUAUGUCCAUGAAUAAUAAUGUGUCAUCUAAUAAUAAUAUUUCACUUGAUACCAACAAUAGUAACAAUUUUUUUUUUAAAUAUGACUCCUUAAAAAAAAGUGGUAUGGAUAUAAAUAUGUUAAGUUGUGAUGAAAAAUUAAAGUUAUUAAAUGAAACAGCUAAAGAAAUUCCUAUAAAUGAGGAAUCUGAUUUUAACGGUAUAAUACCUGACCAUGUUCAGAAAAUAAUUGAGAGAAGAGAAUAUUUUAAAAAUUUAAACCAGUCACCAAAAAUUGAAGAGAAAAAAAUAGGAACGAAAAAAAUGAAACCAUUUGUACCUCUAGAAUAUAGUGAAUCGUUUAGAAAUACAUUUUAUAAGAAUGAAGAUAAUAAGAAUAAUAUAUUUUCUUUACAUAAUUUGGGUGCACUGGAUAUAAUAAAGACCUCACCAAGGACGAAUAAUAACCACAACAUGGUUAGUAUGAAUAAUAUCCACAACCUGGUUAGUAUGAAUAAUAACCACAACAUGGUUAGUAUGAAUAAUAACCACAAUAUGGUUAGUAUGAAUAAUAACCACAACAUGGUUAGUAUGAAUAAUAUCCAUAGUGCAAGGAAUGAACUUAAGAAUGAUGUUUUUUCGCCUCAUGAAGAAAAUUGUUUAAACAAUAAUAAAAAGCAACCAAAUAUUUAUAGUAACUCAAAUAACAGUGCAAGCAUUUCCUCUACAUAUUUUAAUGAUGAUAUUUGCAUGUUCAAAGAUAACAAAAUGAACAAAAAUAUUAUAAGUGUCAAUGAUAAUAAUAAGAAUAUGAAUGACCAUAUGAUAAAUAACUUUAUAAACGAUGAACAAAAGAGAGGGAAGUACUUAUUAAAUAUUGAAAAAGAAAUAAACAACGAAACUAAUUUUAUAUCUAAUAUAUAUAAUAAUUUAGAGAAGAAUAAUUUUAUAUAUAAUUAUGACAAUGGAUCUAAAGAUCUAUCCAUUGAUAAUAAUAAUAAUAAUAAUGAUAAUAUUUAUAAUAAUAAUCAUAAGAAAAAAAAAAUAGAAUCUCUUAAUAAUACUAGUGACAAUGAUAUGAAUUCCUUUAGUUGUCUUGAAAAUGAUGACGUAUGUUCAUCGUAUACGCAAAAGAAAAGAAAAGUUUUAUCAAACAAUGAAAAUCUUGAAGAAGAUAAUUACUCACAAGAAAAUGAAACCUCAGAUAUAUCAUCAAAAGAUAAUAGAUGCGUAAAUAUGAAUAAUUAUGUUAACCAAAUUAGAAACUCCAGAUCAUUAUCUGAUAUAUCUUUAAAUUUAACUAAAUAUACUUUAGAAAGUGAAAAAAUAUUAUGUGAUAUUAUAAAUGAUAAUUUUAAUAUGUCUAUAAAAGUCUCAUCUUUAAAUGAUCUCCCUUAUUUUUUUGACGAAGAAAAGAUACAAUAA